UGCAGUGUGCCAAAAAAUAAGUGGACAAAGAGGGUGGGAUUGAAGGAGCAUGUCUUCCCCUAAAUUCUCUGAGCUAACCCUAUUUUCUCUCUCGCGUCUGUUGCCGAUCUCCUCUUCUCCGCCAAGCUCGAGACCAACCAAGGAUCAUUAGCCGAUCUCUUCGUCCCCUCUUCUCCUAUCGGAGCUUUCUAAUUCAGCGCCCAGCAUUCAACAGAAAGAAAGGGAGGCAGCUAUGCUUGCAAAGAAGCAAAAUACUUACACACUUCUGGAAGAUGAUGAUUAUGAUGUUGUUGUUGAUGCUGAUAUUAAUGUCAGUCGUGAUAAUAAGCGAGAGAAAGGCCGUGGAAAGAGAUUUAGGAAGAGGGCUGAAUCUGAUGCUGAUGAAGAUGAAGAGAAAAUAGGGGAAACAGAAGAGGAAAAGCGGGUAAAGAAGCGAAAGUCGAAUGAUGACAGUGAUGGUAGUAGUGGUUCGGAGUCGGAGGAGGAAAGACUGCGUGACCGAAAGGAGAGAGAUGAGUUGGAGAGGCACAUAAGGGAAAGGGAUGCUGCCUCAACAAGAAAGUUGACUGAGAAAAAGUUGUCCAAAAAGGAAGAAGAACAGGCAAUCAGAAGAUCUAAUGCUUUGGAGCAAGAUGAGAUUGGAACUUUGAGGAAAGUCUCUAGGCAAGAAUACCUGAAGAAAAGAGAGCAGAAGAAACUAGACGAACUCAGAGAUGAGAUAGAAGAUGAGCAAUACUUGUUUGAUUCCGUGAAGUUAACUGAAGUGGAAUAUAAGGAGAUGAGGUACAAGAGAGAGUUAUAUGAUCUAAUCAAGAAGCGUACUGAGGACGAAGAUAAUAGAAACGAGUAUAGGAUUCCCGAUGCAUAUGAUCUUGACGGGGAUGUAAAUCAAGAGAAGAGGUUUGCUGUUGCAUUGCAACGCUACAGGGAUCCUGAUGCUAAUGAUAAGAUGAACCCCUUUGCUGAACAAGAAGCAUGGGAGGAUCACCAAAUUGGCAAAGCUACACUCAAAUUUGGGUCAAAAGACCGAAAGGCAAGAUCUGAAGAUUACCAAUUUGCAUUUGAAGACCAGAUUGAGUUCAUAAAAGCGGCAGUCAUGGACGGAGUUAAUGUUGAUCAGGAGUCUGCCAUUGAGGAACUGGAAGCAUCUGUUGCCAAAUCAGCAUUUGAGAAACUUCAAGCAGACAGGAAAACUUUGCCCAUCUUUCCAUAUAGGGAUGAGUUGCUCCAAGCUAUCAAUGAGCACCAGGUUCUAGUCAUUGUUGGAGAGACAGGUUCUGGGAAGACAACUCAGAUACCUCAGUAUUUGCACGAGGCAGGGUACACCAAGCAUGGCAAGGUGGGAUGCACUCAGCCACGCCGAGUUGCUGCCAUGAGUGUUUCUGCUCGUGUUUCCCAAGAAAUGGGAGUCAAACUUGGACAUGAGGUUGGCUAUUCAAUCAGAUUUGAAGAUUGCACUUCAGAGAAGACCAUUCUAAAGUAUAUGACAGACGGGAUGUUGUUGCGUGAAUUCCUUGGGGAACCUGAUUUGGCAAGUUAUAGUGUUAUCAUGGUGGAUGAGGCGCACGAAAGAACAUUAUCAACAGAUAUUCUUUUUGGCUUGGUUAAGGAUAUUGCUCGUUUCCGUCCUGACCUCAAGUUACUUAUUUCUAGUGCUACUCUAGAUGCCGAGAAGUUCAGUGACUAUUUUGAUUCAGCUCCCAUUUUUAAAAUACCCGGAAGGCGGUUUCCAGUGGAUAUACACUAUACUAAAGCACCUGAGGCAGAUUACUUGGAUGCAGCCAUUGUCACUGCACUUCAGAUACAUGUGACCCAACCACCUGGUGAUGGCGAUAUAUUACAUGGUGAACUGACAAAAGUUGGCAGAAGAAUGGCUGAGUUCCCUCUUGACCCUAUGCUCUCGAAGAUGAUUGUUGCUUCUGAAAAGUAUAAAUGCUCUGAUGAGAUCAUAAGUAUUGCAGCAAUGCUUUCUAUUGGAAAUUCGAUCUUUUAUCGUCCAAAGGACAAACAAGUGCAUGCUGACAAUGCACGAUUGAAUUUCCAUAUGGGUAAUGUUGGAGAUCAUGUUGCAUUACUGAAGGUUUACAAUUCCUGGAAGGAAACUAACUUUUCAACCCAGUGGUGCUAUGAAAACUACAUACAGGUCAGAAGCAUGAAGAGAGCUAGAGACAUCAGAGAUCAAUUAGAGGGCCUUCUAGAAAGAGUAGAAAUUGAGUUGACUUCAAAUCUCAAUGAUCUAGAUGCUAUAAAGAAGUCUAUAACAUCUGGGUUCUUUCCUCACUCAGCAAGGCUUCAAAAAAAUGGAUCAUAUCGAACCGUUAAGCUUCCCUUGACUGUUCACAUCCAUCCCAGCUCUGGUCUGGCGCAGGUUCUUCCUAGAUGGGUUGUCUAUCAUGAGCUUGUUCAUACCACCAAAGAGUACAUGCGACAGGUCACAGAACUAAAGCCUGAAUGGCUGGUAGAAAUAGCUCCUCACUACUAUCAGUUGAAGGAUGUUGAAGACCAUGGCUCAAAGAAAAUGCCUAGAGGAGAGGGCCGAGCAUCAUAGUCCAGUCCUGAUUACAGGUAACCUCAAACAAUUUUUUUGUUCAACUAAAUCUGGCCAGACGCAUGCAAUCUUGGCGCACAUCAAAUUUAGUAGUGGCAUGUUUUCGGUUCUUUCGUUUGUUGUUUUCUCUAAUAUUUCCUGUUCUGUACAUAAUUGAUGAUGGUAGUACAGAAGUAAUGUAACUUCAGUCUCUUAAGGUAUGCCAAUUUCGGUUAUCAAAAGUGGUUGAUCACAGGUAUAUCCCUUUAUGGCAACCAUGACCCACCUGAGGAUAUGCUGAGCUUAAUAGGAUUGAACUUUCUUUCCUCUCAUGAUCUUUCUUCCAAGCUCGCUAAGUUUUGUUUUUAGCCCUUAUUUCAAGUAUGAUGGAGAAAGAGGCAAGUUCUGGUACAUACAAACUUCUUUUGUGGUUCCUGCUUAAUUUUUUUUUUUUUUGAAAAUAUGAUUGUAAGCCUCUAGCGGCUAGCGAGGUUAAUUGUUCACUUGCUCAAAGGGAACUGAUUUGACCAUGAGAAAAAAGAAAAUGAAAAAAGCAAAGUGUU